UAGAUUCAGAUAAUGCAGAUAAAAAUGUAUUGGUAAAUUAAGUUCCUACCUACCUAGGUACCAAACACUCCAACGCUAUCUUAAUUAAGUUCAGUAGCUUUUGAACCACUCCGCUAAGUAUAUUCAGACAAAGCGUUGGCUCUGUUUAGGCCGUUUUUUUUAAAUAUUCCAUAACGUUGUCGCUGAAUAUACCGCUACCUGGUCUUGAUGUCGAUUUUCGGGGAAAAACCUGUAAUGCGGGAAAAUAGGUUUUCUAGCUCCGAAUUGAUUGAUCACUUAGAAUCAUUGGUGAAAUCGGCCAAAGACACAGAAAGAAGGAGAAGAGACGAUGGCUACAGCUGGUUAAAGUCGAAGAGCUUUGAAAAAGACAACCUGUUUGUCAACGAUGCUGUGGCCGAUCUAAAACCUAUGCUGGAUAAACUAACCCCGGAAGGCUGUUCCGCCAUAGCUGUCAAACUUGACAGCUACACAGAAAGCGCGGGAGCGGUGACAGCGGCGGCCAUCUUGCGUGCGUUCAAAAUCUACGUCGAGGAUGAACACGAGUUGCAAAUGAUGAAGAAUAGUGUUAAAGAUAUGAAGUUCAAGAACAGAGGAUUGAAGAGAAAUAAAGUGAGACCUGAGUUGCUGCCUCCUGGUCGCGAGGCUACUGUCAGUUUUAUUUUAGAUGCGGAUAGUCAUGAAUGAUAAAAUUUAACAAAUAAUAUAAGUACCUAUACUUGUAACUAA